AUGAGACAAAAGAGGGCUAAAAGUUACAAAAAGCAGAUGAACGUAUAUCUACAUACGUUCAAGUUCAGGGAACCAUUCCAGAUCAUUGUGGACGAUGAGCUCGUUCUCACAUGCAACAAGGCAUCUUUCAAUCUAACUAAAGGACUUGAAAGGACUAUCCAAGGAGAAGCGAAACCUAUGAUUACACAAUGCUGUAUGCAAUCGUUGUAUUCAACGAAAGAUGAAUCGGCCAUUGCAUUGGCAAAAUCGUUUGAAAGGCGUCGGUGUAAUCAUUUUGGCAACCCAAAGCCUUCCAAGGAAUGCAUUGAAUCGAUUGUGAACAUUGAUGGCGAGAACAAGCACAGAUAUGUUGUAGCGACACAAGAUGUUGAAUUGAGAAGGAAACUUCGAGGGGUUCCAGGCGUACCUCUCGUUUUCAUGAACAGGUCAGUCAUGGUGAUGGAACCUGCGUCAAAUGCUACGAUGCGAGCUGCAGCUCUUAGUGAAAAUGCAAAGCUAACUGGCGGCCUCAAUGACACAAAAAUCGGAUACGUAAAGAAAGAUGAAGAGGGGAAGGAUGAGUCUGAACAGCCACAGAAAAAGAAAAGAAAGGGACCCAAAGAGCCCAACCCACUAAGUGUAAAAAAGAAGAAAACCGGACCCAAUGACAAUAAGGGGCCAGAGAAACCAAAGAAAAAGAGAGCCAGGCGCCAUAAGAAAAGCAGUGAAAAAAAUGCUGAUGAAAACGGCAACGACGACAAAGACAUUAAAGAUGACUCUCAAUGA